AUGGGGAAGUCGUUCGGCAAGAUGUUCCAGAAGCCAAGCGACACUUUGGGAACCCAGGAGCCGCGUGCGUCUGCCUCCACCAGCAGUACCGGGGUGUGGGAUUCCACUCAGAUCAUUCGCUCAGAAGGGCUCGCCCCUUCGGUCGUAGGCUCCGCCGCCACCGCCAACGCCAACUACGACCGUGCCAGUAUCAGUACUGCCAGUGCUUGUGCCCACUUCGCCGCCGCCGUUGCUGAUGACCCUGACUCUCCAGGGUCGCUCAUCAACUCGGGCUCAAGCUCGCUGACGCAGUCGCAGUCGCCGUCGCCCCAGCCCGAGACCCCUACCACGGGCCAUUUCCUGCCUGGCGCGCACGCUAACACUGCUGCUCCUGUCGCUGCCUCGGUGCUGUCACGUAGUAUUACUACCGCUAAAGCUGCUGCCCCCCAACUCUCUAUCGGCGAGUUUGAUCCUGCUAUUCUUUCCAACACCAACAUCGACAAGUUCGACUUCGACUUUUACUUGAACGACUUUCACAGCUUUCCCAAAUUAGAUAAUAGCACAUCUAUUCAGACACCGGAUCCUCCUGAUCCUGAACAGCUUCCUUACGACGACAAUAUGACUACUGGACCCUCCCUCGACCCUACCAUGGGCCGUCGGGACUCUUUUGUCAGCGCCGGUCCCAAGCCCAUAUCGAUGAACAAUCCCAACCGUGGCGAUAACGCGAACCGCAACAGAAGAGAAUCUCUUGCUGGAAGCCUCAUGGGCGGCGGCAUGAGCUGGGGAGGCAUGUCCUUCGGUAGCUUUGUUAGAGAUGAUAUUAUGAUGGCAGGAACAUCACCAUCACCAUUCGGUGGAGCUCACCAGUCCCCUUCUUUCCAUUCUUCUUCCUACCUUCCCAAGUUGGAAGCGAACUUCAUGCGAGAUUUCACCUGCUGCGGCAAGAUCCUCCCUAACCUGCACGAUCUGCUUCAACACUACGAAGAAGCCCACACACAGCCCAGCCCAAAUACAGCCCGGAAUAAUGCCUUUUCUCAGUUUUCGCAGUUGGGCAUGCCCAGUGCCCCUCGAAUGUCCAUCUCACGAGCUGGUUCAGCAGCACCAGGAAGCAAUUCACAUUCGACAAGUCAAUUGGGACAACAUAGCCGAGGUCAGCAAUCUUCACACGAUCUUCACGGAAACUCUGCUAUGCCAUCGAACUUGAAUGAUGAGAUGGACGCCGUUGCAGAUAUGGAAAUGGACGAUGCUGUAGGCACUAUGGAGAUGGAUGACAGCCAGAGAAUGUCUCAGACAAGACAGCUCUUCGGCCAGCAGAGACCAGAGCUCAAUAUGAAUACUUCCGGUCUUACUCAGGGCCUGCGAACCUCUCAACCACCAACACCCGCUGCUGCGAGCUUCGGAUUACAGAACAACCCCACAGUCUCUUCUGUCAACACUCCUACACUUACCACACAAGGCCAAGUACCUCAAGGUCAGCAAGUCGAUCUAGAUGAGGACCUUCCGGGCAUGCCCAUGGGCGGUAACACGAACGAUAUCGGUGAUAUGAGCUUUAAUGGUAACCAGAACAACAACGACUCAAACUUCUGCAUUAACGACCCCGGAAAGCACCUCUUCAGCUCCAAUGGCUUUCCUCCCAACCGUUCCAUCCAGGCACAGCUGCAACAGCUGGGUAUCAACCAGUCUCAACUUAACGACCCUCAAACCAGCAAGGCUAUCAUGCAACGUCUACAGAGCAUGAUGAUGCCUGAAGAGCACAAGCCAUUUAAGUGCCCGGUCAUUGGCUGCGAAAAGGCUUACAAAAAUCAGAAUGGCCUGAAGUAUCACAAGACUCAUGGUCACCAAACUCAACAGCUCCAUGAGAAUGGAGAUGGAACUUUCUCAAUUGUUAACCCGGAGACGAGCGCGCCUUAUCCGGGAACAUUGGGUAUGGAGAAGGAGAAGCCAUUCAGCUGCGAGACGUGCGGCAAGCGAUAUAAGAAUUUGAACGGUUUGAAAUAUCACAAGGCACACUCUCUCCCGUGCAAUCCCGAUUUCAAACUUCAAGCUCUUGCAGCAGGCAUGAAUUUGCAAGGAAUAGGUGAAGACCAAAUGAUGCAAUAG